UAAAUACAAAUGACAAUGAUGUCCACUAAUUUAUCAAAAAUAAAGAAAAGAAAAAGAAAACUGCAAUAAUGUUAGCCUCUAUUGUAUGUCUGAUUUUGCAUCUAGGCAUUACCUAUGUGUCCGCGAUUAAAGGGAAACAAGUAAUCUUACUCGCCGGACAAAGCAACAUGUCCGGUCGAGGCGGGGUUCAAAACAAUACCUGGGACGGCAUUGUUCCUCUUCAAUCGCGACCCAAUCCAUCAGUUUUUCGACUAGCAGCUAAUCUCACUUGGGUGGAGGCUCGUGACCCACUCCACAAGGAUAUAGAUGUGAAUGUAACAUGUGGCCUAGGCCCGGGAAUGGCUUUUGCUAACAGGGUGUUAAAGAAAAACCCGGGCCUUGGCCCAUUGGGUUUGGUACCGUGUGCGGUUGGAGGUCCACACGGGACCAAAAUAAGCGAAUGGGGAAGGGGGAGUUUCCUCUACAAGCAGCUGUUGAGACGGGCUAGAGUUGCUCGAAGAGGCGGUGGUUCGAUUCGAGGGGUUUUGUGGUAUCAAGGAGAGAGUGACACUGUGAAUGUUUUGGAUGCGAAAAAGUACAAAAGAAGGCUAGUCAAUUUGUUUCAAAACCUGCGUGCGGAUCUUGGAUCUCCUUUGCUCCCUAUAAUUGAGGUUGCUAUUGCCUCUGGACAAGGAUCCUAUAUAGAAAAUGUAAGAAGAGCACAACUGGGAGUCAAGCUCGCGAGAGUGAGUUGUGUGGAUGGCAAAGGUUUGCCAUUGCUAGCAGACAAGUUGCAUCUUAGCACCCUGGCUCAGGUGCGUCUAGGUCGGAUGUUAGCCGAUGCCUUCCUUAAGCUUGAAUCUAUGGCUGCGAUAACUAACAAUACCUCUAGCCCCUAGUAGCAAGCAAGGAGUGAUCUCUCUGCUUUUCAUUUUUUAUUGUAGUUUUAAAUAAAGCUAUGCUAGAGUAAUAAAUUUUUACAAACUAAUUUUCAUAAACAUAGAUGUCAUGUGAGAUGAUUCAAUUAAACAAAAGAUAAAAAUAAAAGUGAAAAUACAUAGAGAUUAUUUAAGAGUAAUUUACAAACAUUUAACAAACAAAAUUUUCAAACAUAAUUUCGAGCAAUUAUAUCUUGUCAAUGUAUUAUCUCUCAUCUUUCUCUAUAGUUGUUAAUUGAACCACCUCAAAUGCCACGUGUGUUUAGAAAUGUUUGCUUGUAAAAUUUUUGUCAAUUUAGUAUUGUUCAUGAUUUAGUCGGUGGAAGUCAUAUUUAUAAAAAAAAUCUUAAGCCUAGAAUUACUAAUAAAGAGAAGGUUUUAGUGCGAAGCUUGAAAUUUUACUAAUUCAAUGACAUAGAUAAUACUGUAAAUGAUACUCUAAGCACAUGCCUCGCACAUUCAUUUUCUCCUCUCUUUUCAUCUUUAAUCCACCCCCUGUUGGAGUGUUGGUUAUUUCUCCCCCAAUUAUCACCGGCAAAAAGUCCUGAUCCAAUGUAUAUCCGUAUAUAUAUGUUAAUUUGUAUGUGUAUGUUUAUUUGGAUUUAAUUAGGAUUGUAAAUUCCGAAUUUGAUAGAUUGGAAAUGGGAUAAUGACCUGUGGAUGUAGCGAACUA